AUGGAUGGAAAGAAUUUCUUGACAUACAAAAGAAAUGAGAAUUCUCCUUAAUUUUGCAAUGCUAGUUGGUCAUUUGCAGUUACAGGUGCAUUAAGUGAUAGAAUAAAGAUUAAAAGUAAUGUGGCAUUUUCUGAGAUAGUAUUAUCACCUUUAGUCUUAAUAUCAUGUGAUAUACAAUCAAAUGGUUUUAUUUUGGUUCUUCAUUAAAUGCAUACAAGCAAAAAUAAAUAAGAUCAAUUAUCAUAUAUUUUUAAAUAAUAAUGUAUAUCAAUAUAUUAAAGACAUUUGGAUUUCUGAUGAGACAUGCACAAAUUAUGUUGCCCAUAAGAAGAAUGCAAUUAAAUAGCUCGUUAUAGGAACUGUUUUGAUGGAAUGGAACUCUACAUGGAUAAGUAUCUUGUUAAGUUGAACAUGACUAUCAUUAUGUAGAAGUGGUUGGAUGGAAAAUAAGUGGUUAAUCCAAAUUUUGGAUUGUGAAAAACAAUUUGGGUCGAAAGUAUCCAAUUUAUAUGAUAUUGCAAUAGAUGACAUAUAAGAAUGUAGUUAUAGUGUAAUGUAGGAUUCUUUAACUGAAGGAAUUAGAAAUAGAACUACUUUAAAUAGAAGUAUUGAAAAAAGAUAAAUUAAAAAAUUUACAUCUUAUAAUAUAAAUAUAUUACAUUUUUUAUAAUAGGAUUAAUUUAUCAUAAAUCCAAUAUCAAAAUUAAACGCAGACGUACUAAUUUAAUUUGAUUGGAGAAAUUUUAAUGGAAUUAUUUAUUUAACAAAUUAUAGGAAUCAACAUAUUCUAAUUUAUUUUAGUUCAUGUUGUCACAUGCUGUUAAUUCAACAACAUUUGA